UACGCACCCAUUUGUUUCCUGACAGCUUUCGACCUAUGUUUAAAUUAACACUCGUUAUCCAGCCUAUGCAGAAUAUCUGCAAUAUAUUGUCGAGGUAGAAGGAUAUAACGAAAAGAUGAGCCGAUACAGGUUAGAGAUGACUAUAUAGGAUGAGAUAUAUGGGACGAUGCGGACUGUCAUUACCAACAACAUGUCGAUGCGGCAUGGGGAUCCUUCUGGGAUGGAAUUUAGCUCUAUAUACCCUUUGCGCCAAGAAGCUAUCUAUCUUUAUCCAUCACUUCGCAUCUUUUGCCAGCAGUCGCGGUGAGAAGGUGGUGCUCAUUGAUCGUGAGCCUGAAGCUGUGUGUAGUCAGUCCACCAUCCACCCCACGCUCUCUCCCCCACGCUUUCUCCCCAACGCGGUUCCAUCACCAAGGCAGCCCUGACGCCCUACCUAAAACACCCGGCCCCGAUCAUCUCUGGGCAAGGGACCCCAAACGUGCGUAGUGCGUGCCCCCGGACGUUUCUGACGCCAUACCCGUCCCCUCUCCAACACUUUCUUUU